AUGGCGGCCGGCGAGCCGGGGCACUUGGGGAGUUAUUACUUCAGAUUUCUACCUCAGAAAACCUUCCAAUCCCUCACAUCCCAAGAGACCACCAGCCGGCUCCGCCAGUGGUCCAUGCUGGGUAGAAUCAAGGCACAGGCGUUCGGAUUUGACCAGACCUUUCAGGCCUAUCGGAAGGAUGAUUUCGUUAUGGCUUUUUUCAAAGACCCAAAUGUUAUUCCCAGUUUGAAAUUACUUCCAGAUCCAUCUGGACAAUGGAUUACAUUAGGAACUGAAGUGAAAAAAAUUGAAGCUAUAAAUGUUCCUUGCACACAGCUUUCAAUGUCAUUUUUUAAUCGGUUAUACAAUGAAGAUAUUGUACGAGACAAUGGACAUAUUGUUAAGUGUUUAGAUUCUUUUUGUGAUCCCUUUCUCAUUUCUGAUGAGUUAAGAAAAGUUUUACUAAUGGAAGACUCAGAAAAAUACGAGGUAUUCAGCCAACGAGACAGAGAAGAGUUCCUGUUUUGUCUUUUCAAACAUCUUUGUCUUGGUGGAGCCCUUUGUCAGUAUGAAGAUGUGGUUAAUCCAUAUCUGGAGACAACAAAACUUAUCUAUAAGGAUCUGGUGAGUGUUCGAAAGAAUCCUCAAACCAAGAAAAUACAAAUUACAUCUUCUGUCUUUAAAGUUACAGCAUAUGAUUCUGCUGGUAUAUGCUACCCUUCCACAAAGGGUCAUGAACAGACAUUUUCUUACUUUAUCGUGGACCCCAUCAAGCGUCAUGUUCAUGUUUUAUACCACUGUUAUGGUGUGGGGGAAAUGUCUUAACAAUGCUGUUUCAGAUUAUCCAUAUCUACUCUUUUUUUUAAUUCACUCAUUUUUUAAUUUUAAUUCUAAUUUGCAGAUAAACAUUUACUUUGCAGCUUAACUUGAGUGAAAUAUAAAGAGCCUACUUAGAGCAGAAGAAAACAAACACCAAGAUGCCUUUUUUUAAGUUCACCUGGAAUACUAAUACAGGAACCAACUUCCAUCCUUUGUAUGAUCUGUACCAA